UCGAACGUCUCCUUCAGGUCUGGUGGCAGGGUGGCAGCGUUCCGGAGCGCGAUGGUAGGAGAGAGUCUCUCCCGCCCCCGGAGGCGACAGACUUGACACGCUGUCGCCGCUGUGCGCGGCGCUGAUUCAGUGAGACCCGCGCUUUCAUUCGGUCGGUCUGGUAACCACGCGCGAUGUUGUUGAAGGUCGCGAAUGACGGUGGCGGCAGCGGUAGGCCUGCGGGCGGCCUUCUAGACUCCCCGACGCUCGCCAGGGUCGAAAGGGCCAUGCUCAGACACCAGGAGGGAUCCCAGAGGGAUGCGGUCGCUCAGGAACAGGCUAGGGCGCAAUAUACACAGGAAAUGAUUGCUAUCUGCUGA